AGCAUACACAUUCUCAUACCUCUCACAAACCCUAAAAUUUUCAUAAUGGCCGGUAAAGGUGAAGGUCCCGCUAUCGGUAUCGAUCUUGGUACUACGUACUCAUGUGUCGGUGUAUGGCAACAUGAUCGUGUUGAAAUCAUUGCUAAUGAUCAAGGUAACCGGACUACGCCAUCGUAUGUUGCUUUUACUGAUUCCGAGAGGUUGAUUGGUGAUGCAGCUAAGAAUCAGGUCGCCAUGAACCCUACCAACACUGUUUUUGAUGCAAAACGUCUAAUCGGCAGAAGAUUUUCUGACGCUUCUGUACAAAGCGACAUCAAACUAUGGCCAUUCAAGGUCAUUUCAGGACCAGCCGAGAAGCCAAUGAUUUCCGUAAACUACAAAGGUGAAGAAAAAACAUUCGCAGCGGAAGAAAUCUCAUCCAUGGUGCUCAUCAAAAUGAAGGAAAUCGCCGAAGCCUUCCUCGGAACCACUGUCAAAAACGCUGUCGUCACAGUUCCUGCAUACUUCAACGACUCGCAGCGCCAAGCCACCAAGGAUUCUGGCGUUAUUUCGGGCCUCAACGUCUUGCGUAUCAUCAAUGAGCCCACGGCAGCGGCCAUUGCUUACGGUCUAGACAAGAAAGCUACGAGUGUUGGUGAAAAGAAUGUUUUGAUCUUUGAUCUUGGUGGUGGUACGUUCGAUGUGUCACUUUUGACGAUCGAAGAAGGUAUUUUUGAAGUUAAGGCGACCGCGGGUGACACUCAUCUAGGUGGUGAGGAUUUUGACAACAGAAUGGUGAAUCAUUUUGUUCAAGAGUUUAAAAGAAAGCACAAAAAGGACAUCACGGGUAACCCGCGGGCGCUUAGGCGGUUACGGACGUCUUGUGAACGCGCAAAACGAACACUUUCGUCUACUGCUCAAACCACUAUCGAAAUUGACUCGCUAUACGAAGGAGUCGACUUCUACUCUACUAUAACCCGAGCUCGGUUCGAAGAGCUCAACAUGGAUUUGUUUAGAAAAUGCAUGGAGCCAGUUGAGAAAUGUUUACGCGAUGCGAAAAUGGACAAAAGUUCGAUUCAUGAUGUUGUUCUCGUAGGUGGAUCGACUAGGAUCCCGAAAGUGCAACAGUUGCUUCAAGAUUUUUUUAACGGAAAGGAGCUUUGUAAAAGCAUUAACCCUGACGAGGCGGUCGCGUAUGGCGCUGCUGUCCAGGCCGCGAUUUUAAGCGGCGAAGGGAACGAAAAGGUUCAAGAUCUACUUCUUUUAGACGUCACACCGCUGUCUCAAGGUUUAGAAACCGCAGGCGGGGUGAUGACAGUCCUCAUUCCGCGAAACACGACCAUACCGACGAAAAAAGAGCAAGUUUUCUCGACUUACUCGGACAACCAACCGGGCGUAUUAAUCCAAGUGUACGAAGGUGAACGAACACGAACACGCGACAACAACUUGUUAGGAAAGUUUGAGCUGUCAGGCAUCCCACCCGCGCCUCGCGGUGUCCCACAAAUCACUGUCUGCUUCGACAUCGACGCAAAUGGGAUCUUAAAUGUGUCGGCCGAGGACAAAACAACCGGGCAGAAGAACAAAAUCACCAUAACGAACGACAAAGGACGCCUCUCGAAAGAGGACAUAGAAAAAAUGGUGCAAGAAGCUGAAAAGUACAAAUCCGAGGAUGAGGAGCAUAAGAAGAAGGUGGAGGCGAAGAACACAUUGGAGAACUACGCGUAUAACAUGCGUAACACGGUGAAGGAUGAGAAGAUCGGCGAGAAGUUGUCUCCCGAGGACAAGAAAAAGAUUGAGGACGCUAUCGAUGAGGCGAUCGCGUGGUUGGAUAGUAACCAGCUUGGCGAGGCGGAUGAGUUUGAAGAUAAGAUGAAGGAGUUGGAGAAUGUUUGUAAUCCGAUUAUCGCGAAGAUGUAUCAGGGUGGUGGUGAUGCUGCUGCUGCUGGUAUGGAUGAUGAGCCUAGUUAUUCUGGUGGAAGUGGUGCUGGUCCUAAGAUUGAAGAGGUGGAUUAAGUGUAUACCAUUUUUUGUGUUUGGUUAUCUAUGUGACAAUUGGUAUUUGUUGGGGUUAAUUUUGUAAUGCAUUUUAUAUUUUUAUCUUUAUUAUGUGAGAUUUUAAUGCUAUAAACUAGUUGUUUUUGUCUUUGUGACAGUUUUUAAUGCUAUAAACUAGUUGUUUU